AUCCGCUCGCCAGUCGCCACCUCUCCGCUCCACUCCAUUUCGGCAUUUCGCCCUCGACCUCCCACCACCACCUCCUCCGCGCCGCGGCCCCCGUCUUCCUCAGUUCCUCCUCCCGACACCCCUCUUUAACUCGCCCCCGCUUCCAAAAAAUGCUCCAGUUAAUUUAAUCCAGACGAGGAAUCGCCUCGCCCCGCCCCGCUCCGCCCCGGAUCUCUCGCCCGCGAAUCCCCAGGCCCGCCCGCUCGCUCGCCGACAGGACCCCGCCGCGAUCGGCUCCGGCGGGAGGUUGACUAGCUCGCACUGCGGCGGGGGGGCGUCGCCGCACGGCCGCAGCUCGGCACGGGGGGGCGCUCGUCGGGUCGGCGGUCGCUUUCUUUCGGGUCGGGCCCUGCUGUCGAGGCCAGCGGUGCCGGGGCAAUGCGGUCAGUUCGUGGAGCUGUUUGAGGCGCUUGGGCUGGGGGAUCUGAGUGAGGGUGCCAGGUAGCUAGGGGAAGCGAACGAGCUUCUGUCGGUGGGGAGUUGGUGGUGGUUGUAGGCGGUAGGGCGCGCGUUGGGCUGCCGGCAGGGAUGGAGCACGUGGUCGGGGGCAAGUUCAAGCUCGGGAAGAAGAUCGGGAGCGGAUCCUUUGGGGAGCUCUACCUCGCCGUGAACGUGCAGAAUGGCGAGGAGGUGGCUGUCAAACUGGAAUCGGUCAAAUCACGACAUCCACAGCUUCACUAUGAAUCAAAACUAUACAUGCUUUUGCAGGGUGGAACUGGGAUUCCACAUCUUAAGUGGUUCGGGGUGGAGGGGGAGUACAAUGUCAUGGUGAUUGAUCUGCUUGGUCCAAGUCUGGAGGACUUAUUUAACUACUGCAGCAGAAAGUUCUCCCUUAAAACAGUACUAAUGCUUGCUGAUCAGAUGAUCAGUAGAGUAGAAUAUAUGCACACGAGGGGGUUUCUACAUCGUGAUAUCAAGCCUGAUAAUUUCCUCAUGGGUUUAGGACGUAAAGCAAACCAGGUAUUUGUCAUUGACUAUGGCCUUGCGAAAAAGUAUCGAGAUCUCCAAACUCAUAAGCACAUACCAUACAGGGAAAACAAAAAUCUCACAGGAACAGCACGAUAUGCCAGUGUAAAUACCCAUCUUGGAGUAGAGCAAAGCAGAAGAGAUGAUCUGGAAUCUCUUGGUUAUGUGCUGAUGUAUUUCUUAAGAGGAAGUCUUCCUUGGCAAGGCCUGAAAGCUGGCACAAAGAAGCAAAAGUAUGACAGAAUCAGUGAAAAGAAAAUGCUGACACCAGUUGAGGUCCUCUGUAAAUCGUAUCCAUCAGAGUUUACUGCAUACUUUCAUUACUGUAGAUCACUACGAUUUGAAGAUAAACCGGAUUACUCCUAUUUGAAGAGACUCUUCCGUGACUUAUUUAUCCGCGAGGGGUACCAACUAGAUUAUGUAUUUGACUGGACCAUUAUGAAGUAUCCUCAGUUUAGAGAUAAAAGCAAACUUCAGUCUAGUGGCAAGAUUAGUGGGUUGGCAGGCCCUUCUGCAGAAAGGACUGAUAGAACUGCAGCUGAAGCUUUGUUUAGAAGAACUGGAUCUGGUUCUGGUCACAAUCGAGAACACACCAAGCACAGAAGUCUUCUAGAGUCACUGAUGCCAUCCAAGGUGACUGUUGAUUCGGAUAAAACAAGGCCAUCAUCAUCAUCGCGCAACGGAAGCACGUCAAGAAGAGCCGUGCUUUCAUCAAGCAAACCAAGCUCUUCUGGAGAUCCAAGCGACCCAAACCGCAUGGGUCGCCUGGUCCCAAGUAGCAGCAGCCGUCCACCGACUGCCCAAAGGGCACAUCCUUCAGGUGGAGCUGAGAUGAGAUCAUCGUCUUUGUCAAAAAUCGGAAGGUCUUCACAUGAUGAUGCUAUCAGGAACUUUGAGCUCCUCUCACUUGGUGCAGACAGGAGAAAAUAAGGAGCUGACGAAAUGGGCUAGGGUAUGGAUUCUGGAUGAUGACGAUGGAGUGCUGGCCUGCUGGGGGUAUUAUGAGCAGGCAGCUCCAGUAUUUGUAUGUUGAAAAAUAUUCUUUUCGAAAUAAAAGAGAUGAUUUAACUUAUGAGAUUGUUUCCCUCCGGUUUAAUACUUCCUCUGUUCUGAAGGGAAUACAAUUGUAGCAUAGUAUCAAGUCAAACCAUUUUUAAUUUGACCAAGUUUAUAAAAGAAGUAUUAUGAUA